AGGGAGAGGAGUAGUUGGGCCAGGACAAGGGAGAGGGAGAGGAGUAAUAAUGCGUGCUGGUGUUCAACAAAGGAAUGACCCCCAACGGCACUUUCAUCCUUGUCCCCCAUGCCAACAACUUUGGCAAUAAUGGCAAAACAGCAGUGGACAUUGAUGCUAUUAUGGACAACAUACUUAUUGUUCUUUACACCAUAACCAUCCUACUGGGCACCACUGGGAACGCUGUGGUCAUCUGGAUGGCAGGGUUCUCUCUGAAGCCGAACGUCACCAACGUGUGGUUGGUCAACCUGGCUGUGGCUGACCUGAUUUUCUGCCUGACACGUGUCACCUCUUUGAUUAAGAAGCUCUUCUAUGAUUAUUGGCCUUUCGGAAUCUUCCUCUGCAAGUUCAAUGGGUUCUUCAAGUAUGGCAACAUGUUCUGCAGUGUUUUCCUCCUAGCUGUUAUCAGCAUGGACCGGGCUCUUUGUGUGUGGCAGCCAGUGUUAGCUAGGCGGCGGCGGACUCUUGGUACAGCACGACUUGUCAGCUUAGGAGUUUGGAUUGUGGCAGGGAUCUUCAGUGCGCCAUAUUAUGUGCACCGGCAAGUCUAUCCUGGCAAGAACAACUUGAGCAAGUGCUCUGUGGAGGUCAAGGAGUCAACCGAAGGUGACAACACAACUAAACUGGCCUUGUACGGCAUUCGCUUCACCUGCGGCUUUCUGCUGCCCUUCCUGGUCAUCCUUACCUGCUAUGCACUCGCUGGUUUAAGGAUACGCCGAACACGUAUUUCACGCAAAUCACGACCCCUUCGAAUUCUUGUUUCACUGGUCUGUGCCUUCUUCUUGUGCUGGGGGCCAUAUCACUGCCUGCUUUUGGUAAAGAUGGUGAAUAGCAAGAGCCAGGCAGUAAAAGUGGGUCUACCCAUAGCAAAGGGUGUGGCCUACUUCAACAGCUGUGUGAAUCCACUCCUUUACUUCUGUAUGGGUCUGGACAUUAGGCAACGCUUUAGCCAAAGCUUGUCUGGGGUUUACCGCAGAGCUCUAGCUGAGGAUUGGAAUGGCCAGAUGUCACAGUCUCAGGAAGGGUCUGUAGAUGAGAGUUCCAGUUGCAUUACAAAAGUCAAAGCGACAGGAAUGACUACAGCUGAAAAAUAAUAUGGUUGAAUCUAAAUGUAUUUUUCGUCUUUAACAUUGCUUGGUCCCCAUUCUAGUCGUUGCAUUCACAUGCCUUGCACACUUUGGUGUUUACCCUACUCUGAACACAGCUGAUUCAGCUAAUCGGCUAAUGAACAAGCCUUUUCUGAGCUGACAUUUGAGUUAGACCAGGAGAACAUAACCAUAUGCAGAACUCUAUAGGACGACAGCACAGCGUGAUAUUACAUUCAUCUGUAGGUGCAGUAUAUUGCUUGUCAGACACUUGUUCACGUUUGCCGCACAAAUUAAUA